AUGAAGCAGCAGUACCUGAUGGACACAGAGCUUCUGAACAAUACCCCAUCAACUGACCCUUCACCAUCUUCACCGUACUUUGUGGCAUACCCGCACCAGUACCAUUUCAUACUGGAGGAACGGAAUAGAUGUAGGCAGGAAAGACCAUUCUUGGUUCUUAUGAUUCCAGUCGCACCUCACAACAGAAAGGCCCGUGACGCCAUCCGCAACACGUGGGGCAAAGAGACCAAAGUUCUGGGUCAAGUGAUCAGCCACUAUUUCUUAUUGGGACGGUCUACAGAGGCAGAUGGGUCAGAGGAACAACACCAACAAGUGUUACAGGAAAGCCAGAAACAUCAUGACAUUCUCCAGAGUGACUUCUUGGACAGCUACCGUAACCUUACCAUUAAAACUAUGGUCAUGUUCGAAUGGCUCAGCAACCACUGCCCCAACACCUCUUAUGCCAUGAAGGUCGACUCUGAUAUGUUCCUGAAUGUCCACAACCUUGUUAGCAUGCUUUUGAAAGCCCCCCAACAUCUGUACAUGACAGGACUAGUGGCAUUGAACGCCACUGUUCUUCGAGACCAUAACUCAAAGUGGUUUCUUCCUUUUUCAGCCUUCCCUGAGUCUAUGUACCCUCCUUAUGCCAUGGGACUGGGUUAUGUAUUCUCAUUCGAUUUACCUAAAAAGAUUCUAAAGGCGUCUGCACAUGUAAAAGCUGUUUACAUUGAAGAUGUGUAUGUGGGAUUGUGUAUGAGACAUCUAGGAAUUACACCGACAAAUCCUCCUAAUGGUGAGACUAUGGAGGGUUUCAUAUUUAUUUUUCGGGGUGCUGAGAUCAAAUUUAUACAGAGCCCCCGAGGGGACAUGGAGGUCAAGAAAAAAAAUCUGUACAUAUCUCGGGAUCCCGACUUAGCUGCGUCAGAAUCCCGAGAUAGGUGCUCUGUAGUGACGUCAAUGUUCUUCCGGCGAGGCUGCUUCAAGAGGCAACGGGCAGAGGCAGCCGAGGCUGCUGAACCGAUGGCUGCUGAACUGAUCCGGAAGUACAUUGACCUCGAAAAGUUAUCUCAGGAUCCCGAGAUAGAAAUUCCCUUCAAGACAGCUGGGUUGGAGGGUCCUACACAACUGAGCGUCUGGCAUGGGAGGACUCAAACUUGA